UUUGUUGCUUCCGGUAUUUAAAUCUGAGUUUGUCGACCUGCUCCUGUUUGACUGAGAGGCGCAAUGCUAGCUGGACUAGCACUGUUUAACGUUUUUUAAAGCCACUCCAAAAGCCAAAAAAUCACACGAAAUGUUAAGAUAGUGCCAACCGCGUUAAAAAAAAAAACGAAUAAAACUGCUCGUUAAAUUCAAAAUAUAUCAUCUUGUUUACAAACUAGCUAAAAUGAGCUAACGUCUAUGGAUGCUAGGCUAGCUGGCUAACAAGCUAGCUAACGUUACUACUCAAAGUAACGUUAGCUUUGAAUGUCCACAGCUGAGUGAAUGGAAACGAGGUCACAGCAGAAUGUGAGAGCUGUGAAUGAAGCGUGUUUGUCGUGUUAUGUAACAGUAUAAAUCUCCGUGAUCAGUGUUAGCUCGGCCACCAUCAUGCCUUUCUUGUUCCUGGAGCGGUUCCCCUGGCCCAGUUUGCAGACGUACACGGCGCUGAGUGCUGCCCUGCUGGCCGGGACCGUCCUGACCGUCUGCUCCCUCGAGUCCAGCCCGGAGAAGACCCACAGCCAGCCGGUCCACAGCUCCAGGGUCAGCCGCUACAUCAGGGAUGGUGUGCAGUACCUGAGUGCAGGGUAUGGAGAUGUGGCUGCAGAUGUUCUGGUGCACCUGCUGACUGACAGUGUCUCUGUUUGGGUGAUGGUCAACACAGCCUGCUGUGUCCUGCUGCUGAUCGCUAAACUCAUCCAGUGUGUUGUGUUCGGGCCGCUCCGCGUCAGUGAAAAACAGCACUUGAAGGACAAGUUCUGGAACUUCGUCUUCUACAAGUUCAUCUUUGUAUUUGGCGUCCUGAACGUCCAGACGGUGGAGGAGGUGGUGAUGUGGUGGCUCUGGUUUGCCGUCCUGGUCUUCCUCCAUCUCCUGGUUCAGCUCUGCAAGGACCGCUUUGAAUAUCUGUCCUUCUCUCCAACCACUCACCUGUCCAGCCAUGCGCGGGUGCUGCUGCUGUUGGUGGUGCUGCUGUUGUGCUGCGGUGGUCUGGCGACUCUCUGUAGCCGCCUGGCUCGUAGUCAAGGACGCCACAACGCCGCGUUCAUGGCUGCUGAGUGUAUGUUGGUGACUGUCAGGACGACACACGUCAUGUUUCGGUACUCCCUCCACCCGUGGAACGUGAACCAGGACAGCAGCAGGGAGAAUAAGUCCUCCUACGUUUACUACACAGACCUGCUGAUGGAGCUGCUGCUGCUGGGCCUUGACCUGCUGCAUCACAUCCACAUGCUGCUCUUCAGUAACAUCUGGCUGUCCAUGGCGAGUCUGGUGAUCUUCAUGCAGCUUCGUUUCCUCGUUCAGGAGGUUCAGAAGAGAAUCCGCCGCCACCAGAACUACCUGCGAGUCCUGCGCAACAUGGAGACCCGGUUUCCUGUGGCGUCUGCAGAUGAACUGGCAGCCAAUAACGAUGACUGUGCGAUCUGCUGGGAUGUGAUGAGUUCAGCUCGGAAACUUCCCUGCGGUCACCUCUUCCACAGCUUGUGUCUGCGCUCCUGGCUUGAACAGGACACGUCAUGUCCAACAUGCCGGAUGUCUCUGAACAUCGGUGAAGAGGGAGGAGGAGGACGUGUGGAGAGGGAAACCAGGGAGGCUGCCGCUGCUGACAACGUGGCUGCUGUUCCUGGAGCCGACGCUCGGCCGCACCUCAACCAGCUCAACCACUUCUUCCACUUCGAUGGUUCUCGCAUUGCCAGCUGGUUGCCCAGUUUCUCAGUGGAAGUUAUGGCCACCACCAACUUUCUGGGCAUUGCACCGGCCAACCCGUCGCAGAUCAACACCAUGGCUCAGCAGAUCCAGGAGAUGUUUCCUCAGGUUCCUCUCCAGCUGAUCCUGCAGGACCUGGAGAUCACUCGAUCCCUCGAGGUCACCACCGACAACAUCCUGGAGGGACGAGUCCAGACCGCCGCCGCCCCGCCACUGGUCUUUGAGCAGCAGGUCAUACAGGUGACUCCUCCACCUGAGGACGAGGCCGCAGCCAGCAGCGAGUCAGAGCAGGGCGGCGGUGAUGAGACGGAGGAGGAAGAUGAGGAGGAGAAGCAGAUUUCUGUGGAGGAGAAGAUGGAUGAUGAUGAUGACGUGGAGGUUCGGUUUUCUUCAUCGGCGGAGCAGCGACAGAAGCUUCUGCUGCAGAGGAGGGAGCAGCUGCUGCAGCGAGCACGCAGGGACUAUCUGACCAGGAACACCAGCUCCAACAACCCUGACUCCUCCCUGGACAGCAACACUUUGACCUCUGACCCCGUCAACCUGCGACGAGAAACAUUAGCAUCAGCAGCAGAACGGCGUCUGCAGAGACAGUCUGACUCCGCCCUCUGAGACCAGACAGGAAAUGGGGUAGUUUAACUGGUGAGGAAGUUUUUAAUCGUCUGUGACUGCGUUUUUAUACCUGAACUACAAGGAACUUUCAUCAACUGGUGCGAGGACCCUACUGAAAUGCAAGGAAUUAUUGUUAUUUAUGCAAAUGAAUCACAUUUUUGAGGGACUGAAGAUGCUUGAAAACUCACAGAACUUUGCACACGCAUCAGAACUGGUGAGGAACUUGAUAUUUUAUGGGUCUCAUGCUCAGGUGAGACAAAAUGGCUUGAUAGCGCCCCCCUACAAUAAGUUUUUUUCAGUGAAGAAGAAAUUUGGCACUUGUAACAUCCUAAGACUGAAAAAAAGUCAGCUACUUCAAAUUUAAUGUAUAAUUUUAGUGUAUUUCUGGCCACUUUCAGGCGCUGCACUUUAACAAACUCCUCCUAAUCAGAUCAACUUCAGAUUUGGUCGAUACAAUCUUAAGACCUUUGUGAUGUAAAGUUGUAAAGAAGUUUGACUUUUCAUGGAAUGAUGCUGGCAUGGCGUGGCGGCCAUUUUGCUUGUUUUGCCAUGAAACAAGAAAUUGAUGUAACUUGAGUUACAUUGUCCAUCUGCCCCAAAUUUCACGGCCUGAGCACAUCUGUAAAUCACCAAUGAAAUACCAAAACUAAAAUAGUAAAAACCAACUUUGGGUCAAAUUAACUGCGCCACCUUCUGGUAACCGUAAGUCAGCCUUGUGUGACAAACAUUCUAUUUACAUUCAAUUUACAUUGUGCGCUCCACACUUGAUAAACAGCAACUGGUGUGUUUGUUGCAUGAUCUCUAGCUCAGCCUAGUGGACACAGAAAGUGAUGCAGAAUUUGCAAUCCAGUAUUUCCAGUGCCAUGCACUGAAAAGACGUCUAAACAGUGUUUGACAGUUGUGUAAAUUCACAGCUGUGUGAACCAGCGUCUUGCCAACACCUGCAACAUGCAGGAAGGUGCAAGGUACCGUUCAGCGCUGUUUGCAGCUUUAAUUUUGUGUUGAUUUUUGGCGGCCCCUGCUGGCAGAAGUCAUAGUGUUUCCAUGGGCACCACCGCAUCAUGUUGUAAAGGUCUUGAUGUGGGGAAGCGCGUGAAUUUGUUUUUGAAGCAAGUGAAAGAAAGAUGCAACUGACUUUGAAUGCUGUUUUUCUUUUUUAAAGGUCGACGCCACCUGCGUUUUUUUUUUUUCAGUUUUUUUUUUU